AUGCUCAUGGAAUCACCCAAUGUGAGCAUGCACGGGAGUGGAUGGAGCCAUGGGGAUAGGACGGCGCCUUCGAGCUCGGUUGGCAGCAUCAACAUGAUGGGGUCUGAAGACUCGAGCAGUUCUUCAGACGAGGUGGACCCGUUAGACCCUGAUGAUCACGACGACCCCAUGAUCACGACACCACAGGCUAAGACCAAUGUCUUGUUUCCAGGUCUCGGCUCAGGCAACAAUGGGAUAUGGGCAAACCUCUUCUCCCCCGGGGCACAACCCAACUUUGCAAGCAUGCACCGCGCUAGGCUGCGCAAGGGCCGAAGUAGGAAAAGUUCGAGCUCAGCCAGUGGUCAUAGUUCAAUGGCCAGCCCCGGACCAGGGUCACCGCCGAACGGUAAGGAAGGUGGGUAUUUUGCCCGAGAAGCAGCAAUACGCAAGGCAGGCUCCCGCAGAGAGAGCCUAUCGCUUUUUGCCAACGACCUCCACAUAUCCUCUGGCAACGACAGUGGGGAUGAAGCUGUCAAUUUACCUCAGACUCCUGGCGUGGUGAGGCGGGCAGUUACACGGAGAGGCAACCUGCUUCCGAAAUCGAGACAAUUUGGCCGCAUCCGGGCUGAGUUAUUCGAAGAGGCAGCACCUGUAGAUAGCGAGUUCCGCCGCGAAGCCGAGAUCAUACGGCAAGUAAGAGAAAGUGAUGUAGACCAGGAAAGGACUUCAGCCACUGCCCAAUCCUCGCCUAGCCUUCUACCUGCUGUUCCUGGACUGGAUGGACCACUGGAAGGAGUACCGGAAGAAGGCGACGAAAGCAGCAUGAGUCUAGACAACUCCCAUGCCAAGGGAUUGUUCGGUGUGUUUGGUAAUCUGCAUAGCGCUGGCCGAAAUUCAACGAGCAAUGGCUUCUGGAAUCAACGCGCAGCUCACACUCCUCCGCCGUCCUUCCCUCGAGCGGAAUCGUCGGCAAUGAGCGAAGAUAUGAACAUGGAUUCGCCAAUCAUCGGCCCCAACGGUGGGGCAUCUCGAGCAUCCACACCCGGGCCUAUGCAACCACCCACGGCAGCUGAAGCGCUGAAGAAGUCAAAUAAACGCCGGCGAGAUGAUGACUUUGAUGAAGCAUCAAUCAAACGCCGUGCCGUCUCGCCAGGCGUCAGCGUUCAUAAUAGUCCUGUCAUUUCCCAAUCGCCUGCUCAGCGGGACGGAAACCUGUGGGGAACAAGCGCCAAAGCAAGCAGAGAAACAUCUAUCAGUGGGCACUCGUAUGGAGAGCGCUCAAAUAGCGGAGGAAGUAUGAGUAUGACGCCUACAUUGGGACCCAAGAGGAUAGGUCUACAAGGCAUGACUGACACGAGUGAUGGACUGAUGAAGAUGAGCAUCGAACAAUUGCUGCAACAAACAACCGCCAAAAUGUCACGAACAGCAGCCCUCUCUUCCUUUAUCGAUAGCGCGCCGCCGGGUGAGCUCGCCGAUGUCACCAAAGCAAUCAAGUCAAUCCUCGGUGACGACUCUGUCCAGAACGAGCUCUCUCCCGCAUUCCAAAAGUACAACGAAGAGCAAUUCGCUACGACUAAGCUCCCUGGAGGCAGCACCGAGGUCCUAGUCAGCGAGUACAACUCGCUGGGCGACGGCAGGUACUACGACAUUGAUACGCAGAGCUCGUUUGAUUUCGACCAUGUCACCGGCAAGGCAAGCGCCGUGCAAAGCUACGUUGUAGAAACUUCCAACGACGACCUUCUCAAGAGCCUCAACAAAGCCCUGAGCACACACGCCACAGAACACUACCCCAAGUCCUCGCACGGCGUGUACCCGAUCCCCUCAACUUCCAACUUCGCCAUCAUCACCGUCGCAAACAAGUACUCACCCACAAACUACUGGAAUGGCCGCUGGCGCAGCUCAUACAUCUACGACUCGUCGUCGGGCAGCAUCACAGGCAGCAUAAAGGUCGACGUGCACUACUACGAAGAUGGCAACGUGCGCCUGCUCACCACCAAAGAGGUCAACGUUAAUGGUAGCGGUGCCAGCGGACCGGAGGUCGUGAGGAAGAUUGCUGCGGAAGAGAAGAAGUAUCAGGAGGAUUUGAAUAAGGCGUUUGCUAGUUUGAGCGAGGGCGCAUUCAAGUCGCUGAGGAGACAGCUGCCGAUUACCAGGCAGAAGAUUGAGUGGGAGAAGAUUAGCGGGUAUAGGUUGGGUCAGGAUAUUGGCGGCGGAAGGAGGUGA